AGCGCAUCUCCGGCCCUUCCUCUCCAGAGUCCGCUCUCCUCCGCCCUCCCCAUGGCAACUCUGCGCCUCGGGGCCCUGGUGGGGCUCGUGGUGCUGCUCUGGGCCUUCCCGGGGGCAGGGAGAGCGUUGCACCCCCAGGAAACGGAGCUCCUGAAGUCCCUAGGGCUGAGGGCGCGGCCCAGCCCCCGGUCUCCGGCGCCCGUGCCGCCCUGGCUCUGGGAGAUGUUCCAGAAGCGAAGCGAGGCGUCCAGGAAGCCCCGGAACCCCUGCUGGGUGGAGGAGUUUCAAGUCCCGGGGAACAUCAUUCGGGUUUUCCCCGAUCAAGGACACUUGAUCCACAGAGAGGAACCCCAGAGUUGCUUAUGUCUACAAAAACGGCUGUAUUUUAAUUUCUCCGCUCUGGAGGAAGGGGAACUGUUGACCCUGGCCCAGCUGGAGAUUCAGUUCAGCCACAACCAGUACCACAGCUCCAGCUCAGGUCAUCCCUUUGAGUUAAGUCUGUAUCGGGCUUCCCAGAUGGCCUUGCAGGGCAUGUCCGCCCAUACUUACAGCCGCCAGCUCCUGGUGGAGCAGUCCUUCAUCCAUCUGCACAAGUCCUUUGUCUUCAACCUGACUGAGGUGGCAAAGGAAUGGCAGACGCCUUCUAGGAAUUUGGGCUUGUUCCUUGAAAUUAGCCUCCCGACGUCACCUGACAGCUUAUGCUCCAAGCUUGAUUCCUUGCUCAGUACCUCCCUGCUGGUGGUUUCUCUCACUCCUGGGCAGUGCAAAAGUGCCAGGAAGAGGCGUAGCACCUACUAUGUGCCAGUCACUGCCAGCAACAUUUGCAGACCACGGCGGCUGUACAUCAGCUUCAGUGAAGUCGGUUGGGGGAACUGGAUCAUUGCUCCACUGGGUUACAUGGCCAACUACUGCCUUGGAGACUGUCCUUUCCCUCUGACCGAGGAGCUCAACGGCACCAACCACGCCAUCUUGCAAACCAUCGUGCAUUCUCUUGACCCCGAAGGGACCCCUCAGCCUUGCUGUGUCCCAAUCCGCCUGUCACCGAUAUCCAUUCUAUACUAUGACAACAACGACAAUGUCGUGUUGAGACAUUAUGAGGAUAUGGUGGUGGAUGAAUGUGGCUGCCGGUGAGAUGAUUCACUGUUUCACCAUCCUCUUCCUGCCACCAGAUGUUCACCAUCUGAUCAUCAGAUGAGCCACCAAAUGUUCAGUUGUGGUUAUUGAGUUUAUGAUCUCCUUGCUUGUGAGUGGCUAGAGGAGCUGUGCAUAGCCAUGGAGUAUUAAGUGGGAUGCAAAAUGCUUUUGUUAAAAAUUGCUGGAAUUGCAUACAAUUUAUGGGGAGCCUUUUUCUUGCACUACCUCGUGUCUAUUUUUAAAUAGGGGCUAAGUAACUUGUUAAUUAUCCUAGGAUCAAA